AUGGCCCAUUUUGGCUUACAGGAAGCCGACAGCUAUAUUGAUUACGACAAAUUCCUCUCUGAUUCGUUCGACGCCAAUGGCUAUGCCGACGCCAUCAUCAGCACUUCAGGCACAGGAGACAAAGCAGAAGUGGCAGCAGCGUUAUCCAAUCUCUCAUUCAGCAUUGCCAGCCUUGACAAACAAAUCCAGAACGAGGUGGCAGCCAACUAUCAUACCUUACUAGGCCAAGUGCGUGGUAUACGCGAAUUGGAAGUCGUGCUUUCCACAGUCCAGACGAAUAUCAUUGAACUCAAGCGUUCUUUGGCAAGGUUGGCAACCAAGAUACGGGAUCCUUACAAUCAGCUUCAAAGCUACAAUAUCCAACUUGAGAAUUUGCAAUACACCUCUGAUCUUUUGCGGAGAUUGCAUCGCUUUAUCGUGCUGGCUCGAAGACUAGAAUCACAACUGGGCACAACUUCAUCGGAUCGUGACAUGUCAGCAGCUGCAUUGACGCUCUAUGAACUUGAAACCAUUAUGCAAGAUCCCGAUUUGGAUGGCAUCAAUAUCAUCACCACCUCACAAUCAUUUAUACAAUCCAGCAGGACAAGUGUUGAGGAAGAAGCGGGACGUUUGGUGAAUGACGGCUUGACAACGAGGAAUCAAACACGCAUGGCAGCUGGUCUGCAAAUCUUGUACAACAUGAAACAAAUGGAACAAAAGGUGGACGAGCUUUUGCAGAACAUAUCAGACGAGUUGGCCCGAGAAAUUCGUCGUGCUGUCGACAUGUCAUCAUUGCAAAAGGAAAUGCGAGGCUCCUCUUCGGGUCCUGCUGUUCGUCGCGUCAACCAUGAACCAACCUUUGCUAGUCAAUCACAAUGGUCACAGGCAAUAUGGAAUCGGAUGGAAUCGCUCACCAAAACAAUGAAGGAUGGAUGCAUCAAUGUGUACAGCUUGGAGAAGGUGCUUGAACUAAAGAGGGAUUCUAUUACCCAAACGACCUAUUUGGAAACGGCUUUGAAGACCUUGGAUGCAACCAGCCUUGUCAGUCGAUUUUGGAGGCAGCUUUCUGCUACAUUUGAGAGGGAGCUUCGUGAAGCUACAAAAGCAUCCACAUUCCUGCGAAGCACCUUUGUCAGUGAGUAUCCAAAGUUGGAACGGCUAGUACAAGACUUUUUGUCUCAAAUCGCUUUACACAAUGGCGUGUCCAUGAAUGACUUUUCACAAAGCCCAGAGUAUAUCAUCAUGUUACGGAGUAUCAGUGUAUUCGAGAGCGGAUAUCGUGCCAAGUCAAAACGAGAGAACACUUAUUAG